CUAUCUCCUGCCUGGCCAUAGCAACUGGUCAUCAGGACAGUGGCAGAAGAUGCUGCUUCUCCUUCUGAUCUCAAGUGCUUUUGUCCUGCCCUGGGCUGGGGCUGGAAGGAUCAUUGGUGGGAAGGUGGUUAAGCGGCACUCCAGACCCUACAUGGCUUAUUUAGAUAUAAAAGUUUCAAAUGAGACUGGCACAUUUCAUUCUUCCUGUGGAGGGUUCCUGAUUUGCCCAGAUGCAGUGCUCUCAGCAGCUCACUGUGUGCCUGAAGAAGGGAGAGUUGAGGUCACUGUGAUUCUGGGAGCCCACAACAAAAACCUCCGAGAAUGGAAUCAGCAAAGGAUCCCUGUUAGUGACUGGGUCAUCCAUCACAAAUAUUCUUCUGUUGGCUUCAGAAAUGACAUUGUGCUGCUGAAGCUGGAGAAAAAGGCCAAGAUCAAUAAGAAUGUGAAACUUAUCUCCUUACCCAGCAACGAUGAAGGUGUGACAGCCGGAACCACAUGUAGUGUGGCUGGCUGGGGCCUGACAUCUUUGGAUGGGCACCCCAGUAAUGUGUUGAGGGAGGUUGAACUGAAGGUGCAAAAUGACAGAACAUGUAAGCAGCUAUUUGGUAACUACCAGCCUGAGUCCAUGAUCUGUGUUGGUGAUGGAAACAGUGCAAAGUUAACUUACAAAGGUGAUUCUGGUGGCCCAUUAGUCUGCAAUCAGAAGGCUCAUGGCAUUGUUUCUCAUGGAGACAAACUCUGUAUCUUCCCUGAGGUAUUUACCAGAAUCUCCUAUUUUGAGCCCUGGAUACAGGAUCAUCUGAGGAGCUGGGCACUCCAAGAGCUGCCUGCCUCUCCAUCCUCCCAAUAA